AUGGGUUUUGAAAAUAAGGUUGUCCUGGGCGCACUUCCAGCACUGUUUUUGUUCUCUGCCUGCCUUGCGGAGGGAACUGAGUGCGAGCUAGGCUCGUGCCCGACGAAAAUGGGGAACAGUAAUGUCAACAACGUCACGGUGAUGGCUCCAGCCGGACCGAGGGGCGAAGCCGGGCCGCCUGGACCGAGAGGCGGUCAGGGGGAGAAGGGAGAGACGGGCCGGCCCGGGAAGCUGGGACCACAGGGGCUGGAGGGACAGAAGGGCGAGAAAGGGGAUCCAGGACAACCGGCGAAUCAAGGUGCUGAGGGUUGGGGCGGCGGAGCUGUCUAUAUCCGAUGGGGGCGGACAGCGUGUAACGAGAGUGCGGGCACGGUAACGGCGUACACCGGCCUGGCCGGCGGGGCGCUGUGGAGCGAGAAGGGCGGAGGGAGCAACUACCAGUGCCUCCCCGCAGAUCCAGAGUGGGGGGUGUACAAAGACGGAGUUGACGGGUUGAAGGCCUACAUGUACGGCGCGGAGUACCAACUCAACACGGACGCGCCUUACGACGAGGCUACGGUGGACGACCGGGAAGUUCCGUGUGCGGUGUGCUACAGCCUCUCUCGCCGGGCUCAGAUGAUGAUCCCCGCCCGCAACACCUGCCCGGACGGCUGGACACGGGAGUACGGAGGCUACCUGAUGGCGGGGUACCGCGACCAGGCCGGCCGGAGCAAGUUCGUGUGCAUGGACGGGGAGCCCGAGGUGCUGCCCGGCGGGGAGGGGAACCAGAGCGGGGCGCUGUUCUACCCCGUGGAGGCCCGCUGCGGCUCGCUGCCCUGUCCGCCGUACGUGGAGGGGAGGGAACUGACGUGCGUCGUCUGCACAAUAUAGCAGCACGUACUGCACCGGCACGAACUGUAAACGUGAAUAGCACUUAUGCAAAACGUCUCGUUGACGGCCGUAUUUGCUUAUUUUAGGAUUAUAAUUCCGUCUGUAUUAUUACUAGUAGUUUGACAUCACUUUUGAUGAAAAAAUCCCAAAAGAAAUCAUUCUAACAUGUGCAACUAGAAGUAUGAAAAGGAGGUUUAAAGUCAUCUAAAAUACCUUGCUUUACUAUGUUGUGCCUUAUUCGUAAAAAAACGUCGUAAACAAAUAUUGU